AUGAAGCUGGAAGUGUUUUCUGCGAGCCGUCUCUUGGAGAAAUCGCUGGACCUAUGCAGUGAUGUGGAUAUGCCGCUUUCCAACGAAGAAGAACUAGGUUCGGACGGAGACUGCGCGGCCCACAGCCCGGGGCCAACUUCCACUGGGGCAGAAGGCAAGGCCAAGCCGUACACGCGCAGACCCAAACCACCUUACUCCUAUAUUGCACUCAUCGCCAUGGCAAUCCGGGACUCUUCCUCUGGCCGCCUCACACUCGCUGAGAUCAAUGAUUACCUGAUGAAAAAGUUUCCGUUUUUCCGCGGCAGUUACACCGGUUGGCGAAAUUCCGUUCGGCACAACCUGUCACUCAAUGACUGUUUUUUAAAGGUGUUGCGCGACCCCUCGCGUCCAUGGGGUAAGGACAACUAUUGGAUGCUUAAUCCACACAGUGAGUAUACGUUCGCCGACGGUGUCUUCCGGCGUAGGAGGAAACGCAUCUGUAAAAAGAUCUCCAAAGACUCAGAGACCCAAGCACAUGCGGGCGCUGAGAACAUCCGGCAGCCCGUGCGCGAAGAGAGCCACGGAAGCAAGUUUUCCAGCUCGUUUGCCAUCGACAGUAUCUUGAGCAAACCUUUCACCCGCAGAGAGGAAGCGAACAGCCACAUCAGCACUGACAGUCCGCGUUCCGGCUCGAGGCUUCUCUGGACCGCCAGCUCACACUUUGCGCCUUACGUUAUCGGCUAUUCCCCGGCUACCUUGCCUCACACGCCCCAGCCGGCGUUUCAGGUCAGUCCAGGAAUGUCGCAUGCAGUGCAGGUGUACAGACGUAAUACGCCAGACGAAGUCACUUGUACUGGGCGCACAUCAGACAAUUUCACGCUGUUCAAUCCAAAAUCAGGGUGUCGGCCACAGCCUCACUGCCACAUUCCUUCACGAGGGACCAAAGCUCACGCCGGCGGGAAUCAUCCUUUUGGAAUAGACUCUCUGCUAUCCUGA